AUGUCCGUUCCGUUAUUACAACCUUCUUUUUUGAUGUCAAAGACCAGAAGCUACGCGCAAAUUCUCAUUGGGUCUUGGUUGUUCUUAACAGCGAUGGCUAUUCAUUUAAGUCUUGGGGUAGCACCACUAGAUCUUCAACAAGGUGGAAAUUCUCGUAUUCUCUAUGUACAUGUUCCUGCGGCUCGGAUGAGUAUUAUUGUUUAUAUCGCCACGGCUAUAAACACUUUCUUGUUCCUAUUAACAAAACAUCCCCUUUAUCUUCGCUCUUCCGGAACCGGUAUAGAAAUGGGUGCUUUUUUUACGUUGUUUACCUUAGUUACUGGGGGGUUUCGGGGAAGACCAAUGUGGGGGACCUUUUGGGUGUGGGAUGCUCGUUUGACCUCUGUAUUCAUCUCGUUUCUUAUUUACCUGGGUGCACUGCGUUUUCAAAAGCUUCCUGUCGAACCGGCUUCUAUUUCAAUUCGUGCUGGACCGAUCGAUAUACCAAUAAUAAAGUCUUCAGUCAACUGGUGGAAUACAUCGCAUCAACCUGGGAGCAUUAGCCGAUCUGGUACAUCAAUACAUGUUCCUAUGCCCAUUCCAAUCUUGUCUAACUUUGCUAACUUCCCCUUCUCAACCCGUAUCUUGUUUGUUCUGGAAACACGUCUUCCUAUUCCAUCUUUUCUCGAAUCUCCUAUAACGGAAGAAAUUGAAGCUCGAGAAGGAAUACCAAAACCUAGUUCACUCGCUUGCAUCCAUGGCUGA